ACAGCAGUGAUGCAAGCUUGUCGAUAUGGGCACUGGGAAGUUGUACAAACUCUUCUAAUUUUCAGAUGCAAUGUAAUGAGAGCAGACUACCUUAGCGGUCGGACUGCUCUCCAUUUUGCUGCUGUAAAUGGUCAUGUGAGAUGUCUUAGACUUAUUGUGGCCGACUUUGUUCCUAGCGUUCCCUAUGAGGCUAUUAAUAGUCAGACCGAUGCUAGCAUAAGUGACGGUGCAAAUGUGAAAAACAGAUGUGAACAAGGUGCUUUGUCCAAGUUUAUAAAUAAGGCAGCUGAUGGUGGCAUUACUGCUCUUCAUAUGGCAGCACUGAAUGGAUAUUAUGAUUGUGUUCACCUUCUUCUUGACCUCCAUGCUAAUGUUUUGGCGGUAACAUUUCAUUAUGGAACCUCUAUGGAUUUGAUUGGAGCUGGAAGCACACCAUUGCAUUAUGCAGCUUGUGGGGGUAACUUGAAGUGCUGUCAGAUCCUCCUUGCAAGAGGUGCUUCUCGGUUGACUUUGAAUUGCAAUGGGUGGCUUCCUCUAGAUGUAGCCAGAAUGUGGGGACGCCACUGGCUUGAACCUGUUCUAGCUCCCAAUUCUGACUCAAUAAUACCGAGAUUCCCCACUUCCAACCACCUAUCCUUGCCCCUAAUGAGUGCAUUAAACAUUGCCAGAGAAUGUGGUUUUAAGUCUAUGGGAGUGACCUCCGACGAUGGGGAUACUUGUGCCGUCUGUUUGGAGAGAGUAUGUUCAGUGGCAGCUGAAGGAUGUGGACAUGAGCUUUGUGUAAGAUGUGCACUCUAUCUUUGUUCGACUAGCAAUAUCCAAUCUGAAAUGACUGGCUCAUCAGGCUCGAUUCCGUGUCCCCUUUGCAGACAUGGAAUUAUAUCUUUUGUAAAAUUGUCGGGUGCCAUGACAAAGGAAAAACAACUUCAUUUGUCUCUUAGCAUGUGCAAUCCAUGCAUUCUUCAUACCCGUGAUGCUGAAGAUCAGGCUUCAACUUGUACGCCAGAGAUUCGGAAGAAUCGAGUGGCUUCAGUUUCUUCAGAUGUGUUCUGCCCGGUAACUUGCAACCCAUUUCCUUCUGCUGCCAUUCCUUUGUGUACGUGCAAUGAUGGUCCAUGCCCGACCUUCGAGUCCCGGAACGUUGGAACGGAAGAUGAAUCCCCUCGUCACUCACAAACAACGCCAAUAGACCAGGACAAAUUGGGAGGACCAAGACCAGAAAGAACUAGCUGCUCAAGCAUGUUUUGGGGAAGAAGAAGCUGUAGCAGGGAGAACCAAUGCAAUUCAGAAAUAAACGCUUGACAUGGCUCGUCGGUAUCGGGUUAGUCAUCUCGACGAAACUUGAGAAUUUAUAUUAACCGCGGUACAUUCUGGAAGUUGCAGUGGAUACAUUUAUAUCUAUGUCGUGGAAACAAAGUUGGGCAUAACGUGGUUCGUUUUUCUUAUUUUUGUGCUCCCAAUUUUCGUCAUGGCUUUAGGAGGCCUGGUUGGUGUGAAUAAUUUGUUUGGCAUAGCCAGCAAUUUUGAGCAUGUUCUGCUUUAACUCAAUUGCUGCUGCCUGUACUAUUAGGUUAGGGAAGGUUGUAAAAUUUGUAUGUUGAAAUCUUUUAGAUACAUUUUUAUAAUUGAAUGAAUGCCAGUAGGAGAAAGCAAAGAGAAUUCUAUUUAUUACAA